GGAUGAGUUUAAGGCAAAUAGAGGAGGUGAUGAAGGACUCAGCAGGUCGAGUUGGAGAUAAGAAAGACAACCUCAUUUCCAAACUCCAUGACGACGACUCCAGCUACUCCGCCGGCGCCGGAAAGACAGACUCCAGCAGCGCUCUUCAGCUCUUUCUCAACCACAUUCCCAUCAGUUCCAUCCCCGGCAUCCGAAACCCGCCUGUAUUGGAACUCAAAACUGGGGAUUCUUUGAGAGACGCCAUUCAUUUGCUGUACAAGAAAAAUGUUUCUGGUGCUCCGAUAGCAGAUGUCGUCGUUGAUCCCAAUGCCGCCGCCCGGAGAUUUUCGGAUCGAUACAUUGGUUUCAUUGAUUUCGCCAGCAUGCUUCUGUGGUCUCUUGAGCGUAGGCUUGAAAAUGAAGACCGUGUUCCUCAGGCAUUUGAAGACCAGAGCAUGGCGGAGGCAUUGCACAUCUUAUGGGAAAGCCAAAUCAGUGCCGUUGCAGUUGUAAACCGAGAAACAAAUCGGCUCACUGGUUGUGUGAGGAGCAGCGAUGUCCAUCUUUUGGACAACGGCCAUCUCUUUCAUAACAGAAAGAGCAUGUCUGUUGAGCAAUUCAUUCAUUUGGAUGGAGGCAAGUUGGACCCUGAUCCGACCAUUGAACAAGACCUCGGGGCUUUUCUUUUGGAAGGGAUUCUCCGGCUGAAGAACAGCUUCCUUCCCAGAAUGGACUUGCCAGUGAUCAACAAGAAAACCGACACCCUCAAGCAAGCCAUGAAAAAUAUGGCGGAGACAAAGAGCAACUUCAGCUUUCUAGUUGAUGAACGGCAGCGAGCAACGGGAGUUCUAACAUUAAGAGAGAUAAUUGUUCAAUUUGCUCCGCCAUGUGUGGAUUCAAGAAUCAAUGGGGUUGGCUUCUUCGAAUCUGCUCUGGAACAGAGUGGGUGUCAUGUUGAAGGUGGGAGUAUAGUUUGUAAUCACUGAUUCUUCCUUCGCUCACAAUACUCAAGUACCAAUUUAUCAUUCCUAGGGAGACUAGUUGUCUGUAUUUUCUUGUAUUUUUUCCUGUUUUGUGAACUCAAUUUCUCCCCCUAGAAAACAGUGAGGAGAAUUAUUUAUGCCGUAAUACUUCUGUUCUUGUAUAAAAGCAUAAUGGAUUGAGAUGGUAAUUUAUUUUCACCAGAAGCCCCAAUUGGUGAAAAAGUUAAAACAUUAA